AUGGGAGCCGUCCUGGCGUGCUGGGACAAUGAUGGCCACCCUGUGUUGUUUGCUUCUCGCUGGCUUUAUGCUGCAGUGCAACGCUACAGCCAGCUGGACAAGGAAGGCUUGGCCCUCAUGUUCAAUGCUGAAUGCUUCCACCAGUAUCUGUGGGGCCGGAAGUUCGACGUGGUCACGGACUACAAGCCGCUGUUGGCCCUGCUGGGGCCUGACAAGGCAGUUCGUGUGCAGGCAUCACCUCGAGUGACUAGCUGGGACCCAGUCCUGUCUCAGGCGGUCAAGGCGGUGUCCCGUGGGGCGGAAUUGGUUCAGCAGGCCUAUAGCCACAAGGCCGCCGAGCUGAGCUUGCAGCAGGGCUGCCUACUGUGCGGUUCCAGGGUGGUAAUCCCACAAAGUCGCUGCUCCAGGGUCCUGCAGUUGCUGCACGUGGGCCAUCCUGGCGUGGAAAAGACCAAGAUGGUGGCCCGGUCCCAUGUUUGGUGGCCUGGCCUGGACCAGAACACUGCUCACAUGAGACCCUGGACCUGCCUACAUGUGGAUUUUGUGGGACCCUUCAAGGGCCAUUACUUCCUGGUGGUGGUGGACACCUUUUUGAAUUGGGUGGAGAUUCUACCUGUCGCCACUCCAUCGGCAGGGGCGACCAUUGCAGUGCUACGACAGGUCUUCACCGCCCAGGGGUUGCCAAACGUCAUCGUGUCCGACAAUGGUCCUGCUUUUGCCAGCACAGAGUACCUCGCCUGGCUCAUGAAUAAUGGAAUCCGCUGGAUGAGGGUUCAGCCGUACCAUCGUGCUUCAAACGGUGCAGCUGAGCGGGUGGUGCAAACCAUCAAGGACAAGCUCAAGAGCCAGACUGGGUAUUUCCGGACGCAGAUUGCCCGGAUACUGUUUCAGUACUGGACCACGCCGCCUGAUGUCACUGGCCAUACCCCCUGUGAGCUCCUGCUGGGUCAAAUGGUCAAGACACCCUUGGACGUCUUGCAUCCGGACCUCCGAUCCACAGUGCUUCUGAAGCAGAGGCUGGCUGCUGACCAAGGGUGCUGUACCAGGCCUUUGCUGGAGUAG